CCCGUCAGCUCCAAGCCUACUUCCUCGUUGCCGACGACAUGAUGGACCAAUCCGUUACGCGCCGAGGUCAGCCCUGCUGGUACCGAGUCGAGGGUGUGGGAAACAUUGCCAUCAAUGAUGCCUUCAUGCUCGAGGCUGCCAUCUACCACCUGCUCAAAGUCCACUUCCGAUCCGAGCCCUACUAUGGCUACCUCAUCGAGCUCUUCCACGACACCACCUUCCAGACGGAGAUGGGCCAGCUCGUGGAUCUCAUCACGGCACCCGAGGACCACGUCGACCUGAGCAAGUUCUCGCUUAACAAGCACCAUCUCAUCGUCGUCUACAAGACUGCUUUUUAUUCUUUCUACCUUCCUGUGGCACUUGCGAUGCGGAUGGUCGGCGUCUCCGACGAGAAGCUGUACAAGCAGGCCCUAGACAUUCUCCUUCCCCUCGGAGAGUACUUCCAGGUGCAGGACGACUACCUCGAUUGCUACGGCUCGCCCGAGGUGAUUGGCAAGAUUGGCACCGACAUCCUUGACAACAAGUGCAGCUGGAACAUCAACGUCGCCCUUGAGCACGCAACAGCGGAGCAGCGCAAGACACUCGAUGAGAACUACGGCAAGAAGGACGCGGCGUGCGAGCAGAAGGUCAAGGAGGUGUUCAACGCGGACAAUAUCGAUGUUGAAGGAAGGUUCAAGAAGUACGAAGCGGAGAGCCAGACGAGAAUCAUGGGCCUCAUCAACCAACUGCCCGAAGAGGGCGGCAUCAAGAGGCAGGUCUUUGUCGAGUUCCUCAACAAGGUGUACAAGCGCACAAAGUAGAAACGCUUUUCCCUUUCGCAAUAUAGAUGCGGAGUUGCUUCAUCGAGCAGGCCUCCCCUUCUGCAUUCUCUUUGGCUCUCUGAAGGACAUCUGUCUGAGCAUCGUCCUUAGAGAAGCAUUAGUAAUUGCUACGUGGUCUGUUCGUCACUGUUCAUGGGCGAGAAGGGAAAGUUGAAGAUGGAUCAAGAUCAAGCCACGCGUUUUGUGCAUUUCGGCCGUACAGCGGAUUGGGUAUAUCAAGUGCUCGUCGCACACGCCCAGGUUCUCUCAGCACCACUCACU